CUAAGGCAUAUUUUCACUACUCGACGCGCGGUAUUACUGAUUCCUGAUUUUUGCCGACUUCGACAGCAACGCACUGCCAAAGAGAAAGAGACAUGACUGAUCCUAGCAAGCUUUACGUAGCCGUGGUAUGCUCUUCGAACAUGAACCGUUCGAUGGAGGCACACAACUUCCUGGCCAAAAAGGGUUUCAACGUGCGCUCCUACGGAACCGGUGAGCGCGUCAAGCUGCCCGGCAUGGCGUUCGACAAGCCUAAUGUUUACGAGUUUGGCACCAGCUACGAGGACAUUUACUGCGACCUGGUGGGGAAGGAUAAGGACUUCUACACACAGAACGGUCUGCUGGACAUGCUGGACCGCAAUCGACGCAUUAAGAAGUGUCCGGAGCGCUUCCAGGAAACCAAAGAACAGUUUGACAUCAUCGUCACAGUGGAGGAGCGGGUCUACGACUUGGUGGUGCUACAUAUGGAGUCCAUGGACUCAGUGGACAACCGGCCUGUGCACGUUCUCAACGUGGAUGUGGUGGACAACGCCGAAGAUGCGCUAAUGGGUGCCUUCCUUAUCACGGACAUGAUUAACUUGAUGGCAAAGUCCACGGACUUGGACAACGACAUCGACGAAAUGAUCCAGGAAUUUGAAGAGCGGCGAAACCGAGUCAUUCUGCAUUCAGUACUCUUCUACUGACCACCGACGUCUGCUAACAGUUCGUGUCUAGCUCCAGCACCAACACCUAAAGUUCGUAGACUACCUGCGCUCCAGACGCGUUAUGUGGGACGUAGGGCUGCGAAUCACAGAUCCCGGAUUGGGAGCCUAGCAUAUAAGAACUCUGUAAAUAGAGAGGGGCCAGCGAAAACACAUACAGGCACAUACAACACAUGCACAAGCACAUCCAUAUCCGAUUCAAAAUCCACACUUCACCUGCAAGCUGCUGGCUCAUGAAUAUGAAAUUAACACACAACAAAUGACGACCAGUACAAGACACCGGCUCCGAAACUCUUUGUAUGUAGUAAGUGUACGUACCCGUAUUCAUUGUAGUUCCGGCCGUGGAGCCGCGUUCGUUCUGCUUGUCGAUUAGGUUUUAUCACUGGCUUUCGUUUUCCCCAGCUGGCAAUAGUGGCCGACCAUCUGACUACCCAUUCUCCCGCUCUCUUCGCCCGUUUCCGAUUCAUAUAAACAGAAAACUCGCAUCACACAAAUCCGUGCAUGUGUGAAUGAGCAUGCACACCAGAGAGCCAGUCAGGGGCGGAUCGGUAUUGGGUUUGGGCCCUCGUGGUCAGGGGCUUACGUUUUUUUACAUUUGUUUUUUAUAUUGUUCAGACAGGGCUAUUCGCCGGCCAUUCUCAUAGUUUAAUUUGGUAAAUGAAAACCACUGAGUCAUGUGCUAUAAGUUUUAAACAUUAGCCAAGGGCCGCAGCGGACGCUAGCUCACAAACUAAAUAAAACCAAGAGAAUAGAAUA